AUGCGUCUUUCAAAAGUUGCUACAUUGUUUUUCCUCGCCCGCUCGACUGCUCAGGCUCGAUCGUAUGUUAGUACUCUGCCACAAAAUGCCCAAGGACUCUUCAAUGAAUCUAUGGACUAUCUGGAUCGGGCAUACGACGACAAUGCUGGCUAUCUUUAUGAAAUGAGUGGAGCUGCUGCAUUGAGACACGAUACUAGAAGUUCAGCAUGGUACGCCAUUGGACUUUUGGCAAGGAACCAAGGCUCGGACGUAUCCGAAGCCGAGAAGAUAAUCUCUAAUGUUAUUGGUGGUCAAUUCAAGGACCCUGAAGCGCAGUGGUAUGGGGAUUAUCAGAAGGAACCAGAGGAACCCGAAGUGGGAAGCUCGUAUUAUGCGCCGAGUAUAUACAAUUCAUGGGAUCCAAAUUGGCGUGGUUUCAUAGGAACAGCCUUUAUUGUUGGUCUUGAGGAGUUCGGUUCCCUAAUCUCGCCAAAUGUGACUAGUAUGAUGCUGGAAUCAUUGUACAAUUCGACCGUGGGUGACAGUUAUCGUGUCGGUGGAGUAGAUGGCGAUAAUUUGUAUCCUGCUUAUACCAAUCCUUCGAUAAUGAGAGCUUUUGUUUCCGGAUGGACCGGUCGUCGAUUGAACGACAGUAAUAUGACAACUGCCGGCGAGAAUUAUGCUCAACAAAUCGUUGACUUGUUUGAUCGGGCUAACACACUCUCGGAAUUCAACAGUGGCACUUAUACUGGCGUAUCUUUGUUCGCCAUGAGUUUGUGGGCUAAGUAUUUGCCAGAAGAUUCUGUGAUGAAACAGAGAGGUGCCUCGAUGAUCCAGUAUACUUGGGAAGCAGUUUCUAAUCUGUGGCAUCCUCAGCUUUUGAAUGUUGCUGGCCCUUGGGAUCGUUCAUACGGUUUUGAUAUGACAAAAUAUCUGAGUCUUCUGGCACUCCACAUCUGGAACGCUGUAGGGAAGUCCAAGUCUUCAAUCAUCAACAAGCCUUAUAUUAUGUCACACAAUGCCGAUUUUGCUUACGGUCCAUUAUUCGCAAUAUUAUCCGAAUUCCACAAUAGUUUAAUACCAGCAAAUGUGACAGAUGCCCUUGUAAAUUUCAAAGGGGAGCACACAUUUACUUCUUCAACCUAUUCGCCGCCGUUUGACUACUAUCCUCGAAAUAUUACAGCUUGGCUUGCAAACAAUAUCAGCAUUGGCGCUGAAACAUUCAACGAGAAUGUUAUAGGUGGACCUGCUAAGAAUCAAGGCACCUUCAACCCCGCUCUUAUGCAAUGGAAUACUGGCAAUGGAAUUGGCUGGCUCACGCUCUAUGCAACAGAAAUGCAUGUGAUUGCCGAAGCUGGUAGUGGUUCGUUGAAUUUGACUUAUCCGGAAGGAAAUGAUACCUCAAUAUUUACCUUUUUGGUUUCACCAUUCGUCGCGAAGAGGACUAUUUCAAGAAUCGAAGAUAUCCAAGGAUUGAGUUUGAACGUGUCUGGUACAAUUGACAUGAAUUAUACCUUGUCUUACGCAGGAGAGUAUGGCGGCACAGAUGCCACUAUUAAUGAUUUUGAGUAUUGGAAUUACCUCACAUUCUUCUCGAGGUUGAUCUUUGCUAUCGGUGGCAUCGCAAGUGUUACCGGGGUGGUGGGAUUCAUCGGACAAAUCGCAGGCGGCUGUAAAGUCGUCAAAGAAAUUAUCGGCGACAUCAAAAACGCAUCUAAAGACAUCACAAGGCUUGCGGAGUGUAUUAAAAGCAUCGAAGAGAGCUCGAAUGAAGUUCUACGCCAGCAUGAACAACUAAAGACUCAUUAUGGAAUGCAAGAUAUACCUGCGGCUGGAGCACAUAUGCUUGAGGCCAUCAAAUCUGUUGAAAGCAAGCUCUCUUCAUCCGUGGAAAUUUUUGGUAAUUCAACGAAGGGCUCCAAGAAUAAGUGGAAACAAUUCUGGCAUCGACUAAAAUAUGCUGCAAAUAAAGAAGAGAUUACGAAGUUAAUGCUGUGGGUGGAUAGCACCACACAACAAGUUACGCUGGUUCAACAAAAUCUAUCAAGAAUUAUUCAACUCGAACAAAGUGACUUAUUAAGGGACAUAAGUGCCAAUAUUAUAGCAGUUCCGCAUGCCAUUCAUGAUUCGAGAGAUGCAAUCAUAUCAGCGCAACAAAACCAAACCGAGACACUUCGCUCGGAAAUGCAGAAAAAUCAAAGUCACUUAGUACAGAUCAUGUCAACAACUAUAGCUACCAAAGCAUUGGAGGAUGUUCGUGAGGAUCUGUUAGCAAGCUUAAAAGGAGCCAUGGAGGAAUGCAUCGAAGCACAACGUUUAGAUAUUGGGCCCCAAGUCCAGUUUCUUGUUGGCAAGUGUUUGCAACACAAUUUGCCAAUAAAUGUAGCCAAACUUGCAGAGCAACGAGAAAAUGAUGUGGCUGUGUCUCUUUCGAGCUCAAAUCCACGCCAUGUCACGCCGACACCUCACCAUGCUCCUUCAAUAUCUGCUAAGAUGCAGAGGAGGAACAAAAGAAACAGCCUCAUUUCAUCAACAUUUUACGAAUACCGAUUCCUCGGAGUUAAAGUAUCCAUCACAUUUUCAUCGUAUUCCAAUGAUCGAUAUCAAUUCUCAAGGUCACCCUCGGGCUCACGCGAUUUAUCUUCGACUUCAGUAUCUAUUUCCCUUACGAUACCCUGGGCUAGAAGGGGCCUCGAUUUACGACAUGAGAUACCUAUCGUGCCUUAUUCUCGCGAAAGUUUCAUUUCCCUUAGACCGUACUACGUACAUGCAAAGGGCAGUGAGUUUCAUAAAGCAGUCAAGGAAUUUGACAUCGACACAGCUCGAAACUUAAUUGAACAAGGAAGGGCUUCCCCACAAGAUGGAAUUGAGGGAAUUCGUAAUUUACUAAAUUUCGGGUCCUGGAAUAGAACAGAUUUUGACGAGAAUCGAAAUUUGGGAUGGAUAAAAUUCAUUCUUGGGUACCAAGUUGAUAGACAUAUCGAGACCAAAGAUCUUAAAUUCUUCUUGUGGAUAACCGUUGCAUGGAGAAUUGAGAAAGCGUAUGAGGCUAUGUCUUUAUUUUUAGAAUGUUCGCAAGAUUACCUCAUCCAGAAUUCAGAAAUUCCGUUUUCGCUAUUGCAUAUAGAUCGUCCGUCGCCAAAAUACAGCCAGCGCAUAAUGUGCCUCAGGAAUCAAGAACAGUUGAUUGACUGGAAUUGUCACGAGUUCCCAAGCCAUCAGGGUGUCUAUUUUGAAAAUAGUCGUCAACUUUUUGAGAAUCCUCAAGGGGAUGGAUUAGAUGCUGCACUAGAUCGAGGAUGUCAAUACUACUUAGUUCCUGAUGAGCAAGUGGAUAAAAUACUUAUGCGAUAUGGCAAAGAUACUUCACCUGUGAUAUCGAUCCUAGAAUUCAUCAAUUCCUACAGUGGGUCCAGAAGUAGAGAAGAAAUUGUUCACUGCUGUAGUAAUCGGCUCAGAAUACUACUGCUAAAAGGUCUCGACUUAAAGAAAAACGACUUGUUUAAAACGGGGACGAACCCCCCUCGUGAAUAUGGGGUUGUAAAAUAUUACUCUAUGAUCGACUGUGCAAUUCAAAUCGGGGCUUGGAAGCACCUCUUUGAAAUGCUCGUUCAGAUAGGAUGGGACGAAAAAAAGAUUCAAGAGCUGUAUGAUGAAGAAAUCUUCUUGGGAAUUCCCGCUUUGAUGGAAGGUUUACAAUACCAUACAAUAGAGAACGCACGGGAAGCAUUCCUGCAGCGGCUACUUGAUGGUGACGAUUACUCCUACUUUGAAUCUGAAAAACUGUCGGUGAAACCAGCUGUAAAACUGUCGAUGGAACUAGCUACGUACUCACGGAACGUUUCUGAGGCCAUCAGCCAUGCUUGUCUUCAAUGCUCAGAGAAAAGUGACAUACCAGGGUCGUGGCCAGAAGAAGAGGUUGUCAAGGAAUCGAUUUCUAAGAAAGACCUUAUCAUGCCAUGGUGCUUAGGGUUCUUUACUUUCUUUCCUAUGACAGAAACGAAUUCGCAUUAUUAUACAUGCAUUCACUAUGGACAAUACCACACAAAGUGCCAUGUUCCUCGAGAGGAGUGGUAUUCAGAGUAUGAUGAUAUGCAGCUCGUCUAUAUGGUAGAAGAUGUGGUGGACAAUGUGGUAGAUGAUGUGGUAAGCGAUAUGGAAAGCGACGAGAAUAGAGACUAG